AUUGCAACGUUGCGCGUCUGGGGCAAUAGAGCGAUUUGACAGUGGUGACCGGGAUGGAUGGCCGAAGCUGCACAUUACGCCUUCUGCGGAACAGCAUUCUGCUCUCCUGCUUGUGGUCCCUAUCUUCUGGUACCGAGAUUAGUUUCGUGACGUGCGGAUCGGUGGUUAAACUGCUGAACGUCAAACACAACGUAAGACUGCACUCCCAUGACGUUCGGUAUGGUUCGGGUAGCGGGCAACAGUCAGUAACUGGAGUGACCGCCGUGGAAGACAGCAACAGUUACUGGAGCGUGCGGGGUGUAAGGGGUUCCGCGUGCUUGCGGGGAACCCCAGUACGAUGCGGACAAACCAUUCGUCUGACACACCUCAAUACUGGGCGCAACCUGCACAGCCACUACUUUGCAUCACCGUUGUCCUCGAAUCAGGAGGUGAGUGCUUUUGGGGAGAACGGAGAGGGAGACUCCCUGGACGAGUGGACGGUGCUGUGCAGUGGCUCACUGUGGCGGAGAGAAGAGUCAGUGCUCUUUAGGCACGCUGCCACAGAGGCUCUGCUGUCUGUCACGGGCGAGCAGUACGGGCGACCCAUCCACGGGCAACGGGAGGUCCACGCCAUGUCUGCUGCCAGCCAGCACAGCUACUGGAAGGUCAUGGAGGGCAUUUUCAUGAAGCCCAGUGAGAUACCUGGACCUAGGAAUGGCAAUGGACCUGUCCAUACUGAAUUUUAACUACCAACCCCCUUCCACUGUGCUCACAAUCCCAGGUGUCAAAGAGGGGUGUGUGCCAGUGGCGGGCGAAACCCUGCGCCUUAAAGACCUAGUAUCAGCUUAUGAUCCAGUCCUGGUGCCUUGGUCACCUUAUCAAGGCAGGUGGCCAUAGGUUUAACCAGCCCAAUUUAACCAGGUUUAACCAUUUGUUUAGUGUACCGUAAGUGUGGAAGGCAUCAUGGGAUUUGCAAUUGGGUUUGCCCCCCUUGGUUUUAGUAGAGCUUUGGAAAGUUCUAUAUCUGAAGUCCAAUCCCACUUUGUCUCUGGUUGCGUUGCUGUCAUGGAACUCCUGGAAUCCUGGAUGAGAAGCACACACUGCUUCCUAAUGUCUUUCUGCCCCCUAGAACUGUGGCAGAAACUCGCUGAAUUCGCAGCUGUUAUGAGUUUAGGCAGAAGUUUUCACAAAGUCAUUUUAUUGUUAUGAUGUCCCUCUUAGUAUUUUCACUGAUUUGCCUCUGGAAUGAUUUAUGAAACUUAUUUAAUAAUCCACGAGAUGGGAAAUUUGACGCACAUUUGUUCUGUUGAUUAAUUCAUUUGAUUCAUUUGUAAAACUAAAUAUGCUGUAUUUUUCUGAGAAGAGGCCUUAAACGCAGAUCCAUUUCAGACUGUUUUUAGAUCCCUGGACAGGCUCCAAAGUCCAUUUUCCUAUGUGUCGAAGGGUUGAAUAAGCAAAAUACACCAUUUGUUUAUGAUUGUA